AUAUAAAGCGCGCGCGCAGCUAGCCCCCACACAUAUCUUUUGUACACGGGCGUACUACGUGUUACGGCUGAACCAAUCUAUCCCCGUGCUCGCUGUGAGGCCAUUGACCAGAGGAAACGGAGGAGGAGAGAGCGAUCGUGGUCGUACGUACGUUGGGAGAGAAGAAGGGACGCGCGCGCGCGCGCCGGAGCGGCAGGGCAGGAUGAAGGUGCAGUGCGACGUGUGCGCGGCCGAGGCGGCGUCGGUGUUCUGCUGCGCCGACGAGGCCGCGCUGUGCGACGCGUGCGACCACCGGGUGCACCGGGCCAACAAGCUCGCCGGGAAGCACCGCCGGUUCUCGCUGCUCAACCCCUCGGCGUCCGGCCGCUCGCCGACAUCGACGACGGCGCCGCUCUGCGACAUCUGCCAGGAGAAGAGGGGUUUCCUGUUCUGCAAGGAGGACCGGGCGAUCCUGUGCCGCGAGUGCGACGUGCCGGUGCACACGGCGAGCGAGCUCACCAUGCGCCACAGCCGGUACCUCCUCACCGGCGUGCGGCUCUCCUCGGAGCCUGCCGCGUCCCCGGCGCCGCCGUCGGAGGAGGAGAACAGCAGCAGCUUCUGCUGCAGCGCCGACGACGCCGUGCCGGCCCCGGCGGCGCCCGCCACGAGCCACGGCGGGAGCAGCGGCAGCAGCAGCAUCUCCGAGUACCUCACCACGCUGCCCGGGUGGCACGUCGAGGACUUCCUCGUCGACGACGCCACUGCCGAGGCCGCCGCCGCCGCCGCCGCCACCUCUUCCGGCAUCUCCGCGAACGGGCCGUGUCAGGGGGUAACACGGAUCGGAGGGCUGCAAGAAUCCGCCGGCUACCCUGCGUGGAUGGCGCAGCAGCAGCUGUGCUGCGACGGCCUCGUCGCCGGCGACGCGUCGCCGGCUAGCCGGGAGCGGUGGGUGCCGCAGAUGUACGCGGAUCAGCUUGCCGCCGGCAGCAAGAGAUCCAGGACGUCCACUGCUUCUUCCUACUCCUACUGGUGAAACUAAAGCAAUUGAGGCCAUGGUUUGUACGUAGUAGAUGUUGUUUCGGGCUUAAUUAAUGACUGCAUUUUGCGCUUCCGGACGGGAGUGUUUGUGCGUUAUUUUUGAGGCGCAGAGGAAAAUCUGAGCCUUUUGUAUCCCUUCCUUUUUGCUCGUCACGACUAGUACUGUAUGUUUUUCUUCUACGCAAUAACGAGAAUUUUUCCUCUUUUCCAAUGUAAGAACCUGGUUAUCUGGGAUUGUUUGGACUUUUGGAUGUGGUUGAGACGUUCA